UGGAGUCGUCGUCGAGCGUCGGGCGAGAGAGAGAGAGAGAUGGGUGUGUUGUGGAUCUUGUCGAUGGUAGCGUUGUUGUUAAUACCAGUGGCGUCAAGAGCAGAGCAACUGAGCGUCAAAGAGUGUGAGAGCUUGGGUUUCACGGGUCUGGCGCUCUGCUCCGACUGCAAAACAUUCGCCGAAUAUGUCAAAAAUCAAGAGUUGGUAUCUGAUUGUUUGAAGUGUUGCACAGAAGACUCGGAUGAUUCUAUGAGCAAGAUUACAUAUUCUGGUGCAAUUCUGGAGGUCUGUAUGAGGAAAUUGGUUUUCUAUCCAGAAAUUGUUAAUUUCAUUGAAGAAGAGAAGGAAAAGUUCCCUUCAGUCAAAGUUCAGUAUGUGUUCAAUUCUCCACCAAAGUUGAUCAUGUUAGACGAUGAUGGGCAACGUAAGGAAACCAUAAGAGUUGACAACUGGAAACGUGAGCACAUACUGCAGUUCCUGAGAGAGAAGCUUAAGCCAGCCACAGCAGCAAUCUAAUUGCAGACUGGUAAGUCAAAUUGGGUUUUCUGAGCCCAAAACUUUCCAAAUUCAGCUUCUGAUACUAUCCUGAAGUAGACGUAAAAUGAAUUUUUGGAACUGGGUUCUGAUGAAUUGCAUACCACUUAGUUUUUCAGACCCCAAAGAGCUUCUGGGUACCUUCUUCGAUGAUGUAAAAUCAAACAUUGACAUGGAUCAUGAUCUUGUCGUAGAGUGUAGCAUGUUGCAUUUGGGAAAAUUAAAGGUUCUUGAUCGUAUGUGAACUGUUAGAUCUUUAACAGCCAUCUCUAUCACCCUUGUUUUAUUUUGUUGAAACAGACAUUAAAUUUAAAAUAAAGGACACUGGUGAUGAUUUCGA